CAAGAUGGAAGUUUUGUCUUUCCCCAGAUAUAAUGUAGCUGAGAUUUUGGUUCAUAUUCGGAAUAAGAUCUUAAUAGGAGCCGAUGGUAAAAACCUCUCCAAGAAUGAUCUUUACCCAAAUCCAAAGCCUGAAGUCUUGCACAUGAUCUACAUGAGAGCCUUACAAAUAGUGUAUGGAAUUCGACUGGAACAUUUCUACAUGAUGCCAGUGAACUCGGAAGUCACGUAUCCACAUAUAAUGGAAGGUUUCUUGCCCGUCAGCAAUUUAUUUAUCCAUCUGGACUCUUUUCUGCCCAUCUGUCGGGUGAAUGACUUUGAGAUUGCCGAUAUUCUAUAUCCAAAAGCAAAACGGACAAAUCGUUUUUUAAGUGGCAUUAUCAACUUUAUCCACUUCAGAGAAGCCUGUCGUGAGACAUACAUGGAGCUCCUUUGGCAAUAUAAAUCCUCUGUGGACAAAAUGCAACAGUUAAAUACGGCACACCAGGAGGCAUUAAUGAAAUUGGAGAAACUUGAUUCUGUUCCAGUUGAAGAGCAAGAAGAAUUCAAGCAGCUUUCCGAUGACAUUCAGGAACUACAGCAAUUGCUGAAUCAGGAGUUUCGUCAAAAGACGAUAGUGCUGCAAGAAGGGAAUUCUCAAAAGAAAUCAGAUAUUUCAGAGAAAACCAAGCGUUUGAAUGAACUAAAAUUGUCCCUGACUUCUUUGAAAGAAGUACAAGAGAGUUUGAAAGCAAAAAUUGUGGAUUCUCCAGAAAAGCUAAAGAAUUAUAAAGAAAAAAUGAAAGACACAGUGCAGAAGCUUAAAACUUCCAGGCAAGAAGUGAUGGAAAAAUAUGAAACCUAUCGAGAUUCAGUUGACUGCCUGCCUUCGUGUCAGCUGGAGGUGCAGUUAUAUCAAAAGAAAAUACAAGACCUUGCAGAUAAUAAGGAUAAACUGACGGGUAUCUUAAAGGAGAGCCUGAACUUGGAGGACCAAAUUGAGAGUGAAGAAUCAGAACUAAAGAAAUUGAAGGCCGAAGAAAAUUCAUUGAAAAGACUGAUGAUUGCAAAGAAGGAAAAACUUGCCACAGUACAAUUCAAAAUAAAUAAGAAACAUGAGGACAUCAAGCAGUACAAACGCACAGUAAUUGAGGAUUGCAAUAAAGUUCAAGUGAAAAGAGGUGCUGUCUAUGAGCGAGUGAUCACAAUUAAUGACGAAAUCCAAAAAAUUAAAUUUGGAAUUCAACAGCUAAAAGAUACCACUGAAAGGGAAAAACUGAAAUCUCAUGAAAUUUUUCUAAACUUAAAAACUGCUUUGGAGAAAUACCAUGAAGGUAUUGAAAAGACAGCAGAGGAUUGUUAUUCUAGAAUAGAUGAAAAAACAGCUGAACUGAAGAGGAAGAUGUUCAGAUCAUCAACCUGAUCAACAAAAUUACAUCUUGUCAUCUUUUAUUUUUUUGGUUUAGAAAGGGACUAUUUAAGUUGAAGCUCAUGGUAAUGGAAGUAUCAGGAUUACCAAAUAA